AUGGCGCAGGCAGCUUCAGGGACAGACGCGGCCCAGCGCAUUUUCCACGAACUGAAAUCCAAGAACGAAGAAACCCGCUCCCGCGCAUCAUACGAACUCCACGAUAAUGUCAUCGCUGUCUCUAGAGAGCUGCCACCGGAUAAGUUCAUCGAAUAUUACAAUGCGGUCUCUCAGCGUAUCGCCCAACUUGUUGUUACCGGAAAUGAUGCAAAUGAGAAAAUUGGCGGGCUUCUUGCUCUCGAUAGGUUGAUCGACUUUGAUGGCGUCGAUGCUGCUCAAAAGACCACCCGUUUCGCCAGCUACUUACGAAGUGCACUACGGAGCAACGAUAACACAGUCUUAAUAUAUGCAGCGCGCUCACUCGGUCGUCUGGCCAAACCUGGUGGUGCUUUGACUGCGGAGUUAGUGGAAAGCGAAAUUCAGUCCGCAUUGGAAUGGCUACAGUCCGAAAGACAAGAAAAUAGGCGGUUUGCUGCGGUCCUAGUCAUCCGGGAGCUUGCAAAAGGUUCACCGACUCUUCUCUACGGCUUCGUCCCACAGAUAUUCGAGCUUAUCUGGGUGGCAUUGAGAGAUCCAAAAGUUCUCAUUCGUGAGACCUCUGCCGAAGCCGUUAGCGAGUGUUUUGAAAUAUUAGCAGCGAGGGAUGUCCAGGUCCGUCAACAAUGGUUUGGUCGAAUUUACGAGGAGACUUUGCAGGGCCUAAGGUCCAGUAAUGUUGACUGGAUUUAUGGCUCGCUUCUCACCUUGAAAGAACUCCUCUUGAAAGGUGCUAUGUUCAUGAAUGAGCAUUAUCGAAAUGCCUGUGAAAUAGUCCUACGCCUCAAAGACCACCGUGAUCCGAAGAUUCGAACACAGGUCGUCCUUACCAUCCCCAUUCUAGCGUCAUAUGCGCCUCUGGAAUUUACAAAUGUAUACCUACAUAGAUUCAUGAUAUAUUUACAAGCACAAUUAAAGCGGGAUAAGGAGCGAAAUGCUGCUUUCAUUGCCAUCGGAAAAAUCGCGAAUGCCGUGGGUAAUUCUAUCGGGCAGUUUCUUGAUGGGAUUAUUGUGUAUAUCCGGGAAGGGUUAACAAUGAAAGCUCGUAACCGUGCAGCAGUCAAUGAAGGUCCGAUGUUCGAGUGCAUCAGCAUGUUAUCACUGGCUGUCGGACAAACGCUUAGCAAAUACAUGGAGGCCUUACUUGACCCAAUUUUCGCAUGCGGAUUAAGCGAGUCUCUUACGCAGGCCUUGGUAGAUAUGGCGCACUAUAUACCUCCAAUCAAGGCAACAAUUCAAGAAAAAUUACUUGACAUGCUAAGCAUAGUCCUGUCGGGCUCUCCAUUCCGGCCUCUUGGCUGCCCGGAAAACCGCCCACCUCCAAUGCCUUCAUUUGCGAAGGACUAUGGAGCUUUUCUGCAGGAGCCAACCGACAGUGAAAUUGCCCUUGCAUUGCACACGCUUGGCAGCUUUGACUUCUCUGGGCAUAUUUUGAACGAAUUUGUUCGUGACGUUGCUAUUAAUUUCGUCCAUAGGGACAAUCCGGAAAUCCGGAAAGCGUCUGCGUUAACGUGUUGUCAACUUUUUGUCCACGACCCUAUCAUUAAUCAGACUAGUAGUCACUCGAUCCAAGUUGUUAGUGAAGUCAUAGAUACUCUCCUCUCUGUUGGAGUGGGAGAUCCAGAUCCAGAAAUUCGUCGAAUCGUCCUAGAGUCGUUAGAUCAGAAAUUCGACCGUCAUAUAGCCAAACCUGAAAAUGUUCGAUGCCUGUUCCUCGCAGUGAAUGACGAAGUAUUUUCGGUUCGGGAAGCUGCAAUCAGUAUUAUUGGACGUCUUUCCAGUGUUAAUCCGGCAUACGUUUUUCCUCCAUUAAGGAAAUUGUUGGUGAAUUUGUUGACUGGACUCAGCUUUGCUACCACAUCUCGCCAGAAGGAGGAAAGCGCGCAACUAAUCAGCUUGUUUGUUGCGAAUGCUACGAAACUCGUCCGAUCCUAUGUUGACCCCAUGGUGAAAGCUUUAUUUCCGAAAACAACUGAUCCAAAUGCUGGAGUUGCAUCGACAACUUUGAAAGCCAUUGGUGAACUUGCGACAGUCGGUGGUGAGGAUAUGAAGCAAUAUUUGCCGCAGCUCAUGCCCAUUAUCCUGGAAGCACUUCAGGAUUUAUCAUCCCAAUCUAAGCGAGAAGCAGCAUUACGAACACUAGGCCAACUUGCAAGUAAUGCUGGUUAUGUCAUCGAGCCUUAUAUUGAAUAUCCAAAUCUCCUCGCUGUCCUGAUUAACAUUAUAAAAACCGAACAAACUGGAUCUCUGAGAAAGGAGACUAUAAAGUUGCUUGGUAUCCUCGGCGCUUUGGAUCCAUACAAACACCAGCAAAUAAUUGAAUCCUCGCCCGAUAUCCAUCACGUAAAUGAAGUCCAAACGGUAUCGGACGUUUCCCUUAUCAUGCAAGGCCUCACCCCCUCUAACGAUGAGUAUUAUCCCACUGUCGUUAUUAACACCCUCCUUCAAAAUAUCCUCAACGAAAGUUCUCUCUCCCAAUACCACUCUGCUGUUAUCGAUGCCAUUGUUACCAUAUUCAAAACCUUGGGGUUGAAAUGCGUGCCAUUCUUAGGGCAAAUUAUACCUUCUUUCCUCUCCGUUAUUCGAAGUACUCCCACCAGUCGGCUUGAAUCUUAUUUCAACCAAUUAGCAAUCAUAGUGACCAUUGUCAGACAACACAUCCGAACCUUUUUGCCAGAAAUCAUUGAGGUCAUCCGUGAAUUCUGGGAUUGCUCUUACCAAGUCCAAGCCACAAUAUUAUCUCUUGUCGAGGCAAUUGCAAAGUCCUUGGAAGGAGAAUUCAAGAAAUACUUGGCAGGCCUGAUCCCGCUUAUGCUUGACACCUUAGAGAAGGAUAAUACACCAAGACGGCAGCCAUCAGAAAGAAUUUUACACACCUUUUUGAUAUUUGGGCCGAGCGGGGAGGAAUAUAUGCAUCUAAUCGUUCCGGCCAUUGUCAACGUGUCCGAUUUCGCUUCUCUUAUGAUACAUCCACUGUCAAGGGUGAUUGCCGGUGGUGACCGUACCCUACGGCAAACCGCCCUGGAUUGUAUCUGCACGCUUAUAUUCCAGCUAGGGCAGGACUUCAACAACUACAUCCAGCUCAUGAACAAAAUUAUUCAAACCCAUCAAAUAAAUCAUCACAACUACCAAGUUCUUGUUUCAAAAUUACAGAAGGGGGAUCCACUCCCUCAAGAUCUAAACCCUGACGAGCACUAUGGAGCGCUUGGUGAUGAUGCUACGUUCGCCGAUAUCCUUCUUAAUCUUGCAGAAUUCAUGGAACAUGACGACAAGGCAUUGCAUAUCGACAUCCGAACCCUCGGCAAGUAUGCCGGAAAAUGCCACGCCUUCGCCAAAGCUCUUCAUUAUAAGGAAUUGGAAUUCGAACAGGAUCAAAAUUCAGGCGCAGUUGAGGCAUUAAUCAGCAUUAAUAAUCAACUUCAACAAUCAGAUGCUGCGAUUGGUAUUCUUCGUAAAGCUCAGGCGUACAGAGAUGUUGAGCUCAAGGAAACGUGGUUCGUCAAGCUACAACGUUGGGAGGAGGCGCUGGCUGCGUAUAAGAGGCGCGAGCUUAUCGACCCAGAUUCAUUCGAUGUUACAAUGGGAAAGAUGCGUUGUCUGCAUGCACUCGGUGAAUGGAAAAUGCUUUCUGAUCUCGCUCAGGAAAAGUGGAACCAAGCCUCCAAUGAACAUCGAAAGGCCAUGGCGCCUCUUGCUGCGGGCGCGGCCUGGGGCCGUGGCCAAUGGGAGCUUAUGGACUCAUAUAUCGGAGUAAUGAAAGAACAAACUCCUGACCGGUCAUUUUUUGGUGCGAUUCUGGCUAUACAUCGCAAUCAAUUCGACGAAGCGGCGAUGUUCAUUGAAAAAGCACGAAAUGGCCUGGAUACUGAACUUUCGGCAUUGCUGGGAGAAUCUUAUAACCGUGCCUAUAACGUCGUUGUUCGUGUUCAAAUGCUUGCAGAACUCGAAGAAAUAAUCACAUAUAAGCAGAACGCUAGUGAUCCUGAGAAACAGGAGGCAAUGAAAGAAACAUGGAAUAAACGACUCCUUGGUUGCCAGCAAAACGUCGAGGUAUGGCAACGCAUGCUCAAAGUAAGAGCCUUAGUCGUAUGUCCUCGUGAGAAUUUGGAUAUGUGGAUCAAAUUUGCGAAUUUAUGCCGCAAGUCAAAUCGCAUGGGUCUGGCAGAUCGUUCUCUAAGCGCCUUAGAAAGUUGUAAGGGAUCAGACCAACCGACGCCACCAGAGGUUAUAUACGCUCGACUCAAGUAUGACUGGACUGCUGGACGCCAAAAAGAGGCACUGCAGAUGUUACGGGAAUUCACUAUUGGGUUGACUGAAGAAUUCUCGCGAUAUAGCUCUGUUCUCAUCGCUCAUGGUGAGCAUGCUUCUUCAGACAGGCCCGGCCUUGUCAAUGGCAUUACCGACCAUCCUGACCUGGCCACUGCACGUCAACAUAUCGGUGAAAUGGGUAAAUUUCGACGACUACUGGCAAAAAGCUAUUUGAAGCAAGGUGAAUGGCAAACAGCACUUCAAAAAGGAGAUUGGACUUCAGAAGGAGUACGAGAUGUCUUGAAUUCGUAUUCAGCAGCUACACAAUAUAAUCUUGACUCCUACAAAGCGUGGCACGCCUGGGCAUUGACAAAUUUUGAGGUUGUAAACGCAUUGAGCGCUCAAACAAAUCGGGAAACCUUCGUUCCCCAUCACAUGGUUCUUGAACAUGUCAUUCCUGCUAUUCGAGGUUUUUUCCGCUCUAUUUCCUUGUCGUCGACAAGUUCACUGCAAGACACUUUGAGGCUUCUCACCCUUUGGUUCAACCAUGGUGGCGAUGCCGAAGUAAGCGGUGUGGUCACUGAAGGAUUCUCUUCAGUUAGCGUCGAUACAUGGCUAGAGGUCACACCUCAGCUCAUCGCACGUAUCAAUCAGCCGAAUGCACGGGUAAGGGGAUCUGUCCAUAGAUUACUUGCGGAAGUUGGAAAAGCCCACCCACAGGCCCUGGUUUAUCCUCUGACUGUAGCAACGAAAUCUAACGUUGUGAGACGGUCUCAAUCUGCUACGCAUAUUAUGGAUAGUAUGAGGCAACAUAGCCCCAGGCUUGUUGAACAAGCGGAAAUUGUCAGUCACGAGUUGAUUCGUGUCGCUGUCUUAUGGCACGAGCUUUGGCAUGAAGGUUUAGAGGAAGCUUCUCGAUUGUACUUUGGAGAUCAUAAUGUCGAAGGGAUGUUUGCGACAUUGGCACCUUUACAUGAUAUGCUUGAUAAGGGUGCCGAAACGCUUAGGGAAGUUUCCUUUGCUCAGGCAUUUGGCCGUGACCUUGCAGAGGCCAAGCAUUUUUGCAUUCUUUACCGCGAAUCAGGAGUUAUAGGUGAUCUCAACCAGGCCUGGGAUCUAUACUACACUGUCUUCCGGAAAAUUGCUCGUCAGCUCCCUCAGCUGUCUACUCUAGACCUGAAAUACGUCUCCCCUAAACUUAAGGACGCCGUUGACCUUGAGUUGGCUGUUCCUGGCACGUACCAGAGCGGUAAGCCUGUGAUUAGAAUCAUGAGCUUCGAUCCAGUGUCCACCGUGAUGCAGACCAAGAAACGACCCCGCAAAAUGACAUUGAAAGGUAGCGACGGAAAUUCAUAUAUGUACGUCCUCAAGGGCCACGAGGACAUCCGGCAAGAUGAGCGUGUCAUGCAACUUUUCGGACUUGUAAAUACCCUCCUUGAUCAUGACAGUGAAAGCUUCAAGCGCCAUCUCACAAUUCAACGCUUCCCCGCUAUUCCACUAUCGCAGAACUCUGGCUUAAUUGGGUGGGUUUGCAACACUGACACAUUGCACGCUCUGAUCAAAGAAUACCGUGAAAGCCGACGGAUUCUAGUUAAUAUAGAGCAUCGUAUUAUGCUACAAAUGGCCCCAGAUUAUGACAACUUAACGCUUAUGCAAAAGGUUGAAGUAUUUGGAUAUGCCAUGGACAACACGACUGGGAAAGAUCUAUACCGAGUCCUUUGGCUCAAAAGCAAGAGUUCUGAAUCUUGGCUUGAGAGACGAACGAACUAUACCAGGUCGCUUGGAGUUAUGUCCAUGGUUGGAUAUAUUCUCGGCUUGGGCGACCGUCACCCGUCAAAUCUUUUACUCGAUCGCAUUACCGGCAAAAUCGUGCAUAUUGAUUUCGGCGACUGCUUCGAAAUUGCGAUGCAUCGUGAAAAAUAUCCUGAACGUGUUCCAUUCCGUCUUACCCGAAUGCUCACCUUUGCUAUGGAGGUUAGCAAUAUCGAGGGUAGUUAUCACAUCACCUGUGAGGCUGUAAUGCGAGUCAUCCGAGAAAACAAGGAGUCUUUGAUGGCCGUAUUGGAAGCGUUCAUCCACGAUCCCCUCAUAAACUGGCGCCUAGGCGCUCGGGAAUCACCCGCUCGACCAUCCUUCCCCACGGACCGCCGCCAAGCUAUCGCCGACGAAAUAAGCGUCGAACAUCCUGUGCAACCCAGCAAUUUCUCCAGACGACGCCCAUCGAUUCUUGAAGGAGGCAUCCUUGACGCGCAGCAGGGCGUGCCCAAUGAAGCACGGGAAGUGCAGAAUGCACGAGCUCUCCAGGUUCUUUCGCGAGUGAAGGAGAAGCUAACGGGACGCGAUUUCAAAUCGACAGAGGAGCUGAAUGUUUCCGACCAGGUGGAUAAGUUGUUAGUCCAAGCUACGAGUGUGGAAAAUCUUUGCCAACAUUACAUUGGGUGGUGUAGCUUUUGGUGA